AUGGAGGGACUGGAAGCAGAGGAGGAAAUAAAAGAUAACUUAGCGCUCAAGUCAAAGGAGAGCUAUGAUUUACAACUUACGAUUGUUAGAAGGCUUACUUCUCAAGCAAGUCUCCUCACUGAACCCUUGCUGUUACAAGAGUACUGCGGACCUUGUGUCGCCGAUGCAGAAAUUGUUAGCGGGUGUUUAUCAUAUAGUGAUAAGAUAUCUGUCGGUUUUUAUAACAUUCUUGGGGUGAAUCCAUGUCUAUGGGUGAUGUGUAAUGAAUUUGAAGAAGGAAGACGCUUACCACCUUUGAUGUCUCUUAAAGAGAUUGAACCCAGCGACACCUCUAUGGAGAUUGUUCUUGUUGAUAGACGCCUGGAUACGCGCCUCAAAGAGCUUGAAAAUAAAGCACAGAAAUUAUAUUGUGCUUCAGAAAACUCCCUUGUGUUGGUUCAAAAGCUUGUUGCAAUCCACAUUGGGGGAACCUUUCAAGUGGAGCAUGGGGAUCUCCACAAACGCUGGAAAGUGGCCAGCUGGAGAUUGAGGGAUUUUCAGAAGUGUGUUGUGCUGCCCAUUGGCAGCCUCUCCAUGGGACUUUGCAGGCAUCGUGCAAUCCUAUUUAAGACAUUAGCCGACUAUAUAGGUUUGCCAUGUAGGAUUGCUCGAGGAUGCAAUUAUUGUGCAGCAGAUCACCGUUCUUCAUGCCUUGUCAAAAUUGAAGAUGACCGGAAGUCAACAAGGGAAUAUGUUGUUGAUCUAGUUGGGGAGCCUGGAAAUAUCCACGGUCCAGAUUCCUCUAUCAAUGGAGAAUUUCUUUCAUCUUUGCCUUCACCAUUUCGAAUUUCUCAUCUAAAAGAAUUCCAAUUACCUUGCCUCGAGAAUGCAUCAUAUGGUCAGAUUACAGAUUCAAAGGAUUUAAGUUAUCUUUCUGAGAAUCCUCCACAUUCUGUUGUUCAACGGUUGGACACUGGUUUGCUUGAAAGUCAAAAGACACAAGUUGAUCAAGACUGUUUUGGAAAGGAAUCAUCUUUGAUGCCUUUCGAAACAGCUUCAGGAGCAACAAUACAUGAACAUUCUGGACCCCGUGGCGAGAAAGUUGUCACAGAACAAACCCUUCGAAAAGAGGCCGUUGUAUCUGGAAGCUCAGUGGUAAAUGAUGUGAAGCAAUUGAAAAUCAACUUGCCUAGUCAGUCAGAUUUGGAGGAGAUAGGGGCUGAACUUGAUAGUCAGGGAAGAUUCUCUUCCGUAUCCACCUCAAGUUAUCUAGAUCUUGAACCUUCUCUUGCAAUGGAUUGGCUUGAGAUAUCAUGGGAUGAAUUACAUAUUAAGGAGCAUGUUGGUGCUGGCUCAUUUGGAACGGUACAUCGUGCUGUGUGGCACGGAUCGGUCUGUGAUUUCGGAUUGUCUAGGUUCAAAGCCGACACUUUUAUAUUAUCAAAACCUGUUGCGGGAACGCCUGAAUGGAUGGCUCCGGAAGUCCUUCGUGGAGAGCCUUCAAAUGAGAAAUCUGAUGUUUACAGUUUCGGAGUAAUCCUAUGGGAGCUUGUGACAAUGCAACAACCAUGGAGUGGACUCAGUCCUGCCCAGGUGGUUGGUGCUGUAGCUUUCCAGAACAGGAGGCUGGCCAUUCCUCCUAAUAUCUCCUCAAAAUUGGCUUCUCUCAUGGAAUCUUGUUGGGUUGACGAUCCUGCUCAACGGCCAUCUUUUGCUAACAUUGUAGAAGCACUAAAGAAGUUGCUAAAGUCAUCGUUGCGGUCGAUGCAUACGGGACGCAACGAGAAUGGCCCUAUUUGA